AUGUCUGCGCCCUUGGAGACGCACGUUUCGGAGUUAAAACGGUACAAAAACACCCCAGUUGUUGUCGUAGAGAACCACAAUGAAGCAUUGCCUCACAUCUACAGGAGCAUUGGAUCAAAACAUUUACCACUGGAAGGAAUCACUUUGAUCCACUUGGAUGCCCAUCCUGAUCUCCUUAUUCCCAAAGAUAUCAUGGCUGAUCAAGUCUUUGACAAGCAGAAAUUGUUUGAGUCACUGAGCAUUGAAAACUGGAUUAUCCCAGCAGUAUAUGCAGGUCACAUCUCAGAUAUAGUGUGGGUGAAACCUCCCUGGGCUAAACAGAUGGAUGACCAGGAGACGGCCUGCUGCGUGGGAAAACACAAGACAACUAAGAAAAUUAUGAUAUCCUGCCCAGAAAACUAUUUUAUCAGUGAACUGUUGUUUGCCCCAGAAGAAGAUUUGCUAGAAAAGAAAACACUACAUCUGAAAGUGCUAACAAUGGACUCUUCUACAGAAUUGAAAGCAGCACUGAAAGGAGAUAGAAGUUUAGGUCAUAUAACAGAGUCAGUGUCAAAAUGCUGCUGCGAGACUGUGCAAUGUGGAAUUGUUUGUGAUGAUUCUAAAAAAAUGGCUGGAAUUGUCUGUAGUGUAUGCUGUAAUGCAGAACUGGAGCAAGCUGCAAAUACGAACAGUAGGGAACCCUCUGAUAAAAACUACUCCAAACAAAAUCUUCUCCAUGCACCAGGAGUUAAAAGGGUUUUGUUGGAUGAAGAGAGAGAUAAUAAAGAUGACCAAAUAAAAAGAGUAAAAACUGAUUAUGGUUCAGGACAAAUAUCUGGUGGCAGUAGUUCAAAAGACAGAUGGAAUGUAAAGAAUGACAGUAUUGUCACUAGGAUUGUAAGCAGUUUAGAAAAAGCAUCUAGCAAGGCUUAUAUUCUUGACAUAGAUUUAGAUUUUUAUUCCACACAGAAUCCAUUUAAAAUAGCUUACACUGAAAAACAGUUUGAAAUACUAAACAGACUGUAUUAUUUCAAAAGACCUUCACUGGGAAGAGAAGCUGAAGGCACCAGGGAAAGAGAAGCCCAGUUAAACUUUUUGCAAAAUGUAUUCAAAGAUUUGUCGACUGGAAAGACAUUCCAUGAGAUAAAAACUUCUACACAGGAAAAAGACCUCCAAAAGAUGAAAUUGGUUGAAGAACUGGUCACAGACCUCCAGAAAAAUACAGCUUCCAUUGAUUUUGAAUGGCUUCAUGAGGUUGGUUGUACAUGUGAUGAUACAGAGUUACCUCAUCAUAUAAGCAGCCCAGAAGAGAUAAUUGCCCUUGUCAGGGCCACUAAGUCACCUCUGGAACUUCUCCCUGUGAAUCCUAUAAUGAUUACUAUAUCCAGGCUCCUCAAGACGCCAUCGCCAAAUAUCCUAAGAUCUCUAACGGCAACCGAAGGACAGUUGGAGCUCAGUCAUUACAAGAUUUGCACGUACCAUUUCUUCUCUGUAGCAAUGAUGUCCGUUAUCGACGAAGGAGUGGCUAACAUCACUAAGGCCCUUACUGACAGUGGCAUUAUGGAUAAUACCUUCUUUCUCUUCCUGUCCGACAACGGCGGUCAGUAUGGCUCUGGUAACAAUUACCCGCUACGUGGCGCCAAGAGCACAUUCUUCGAGGGGGGUAUGAGAACCCCUGCCUUUGUUUCCGGUGGACUUCUGAAGAAAAAAGGCUACACACACAAUGGAUUGUUCCACAUAGCUGACUGGACCCCGACUAUUCUUUCCCUUGCCGGUGGGGACGUUACUGGUGAAAACCUAGAUGGUAUCGAUAUGACGAAGACCGUUUUGGAAGGUGCCAACUCCAGCAGAGACGAAAUUAUUCACUUCCUAAGCCAGAGAAAUCUUCCAGAUUCUCCUCCAGUCAGACAGCAAGGUGUUAUUAGGUGA